CUGCUAAAGUAUUUCCAACAGCAGCGACUGUCGGGAGAUAGCUGGGUGGCAGGGACAGGGGGAAGAGGGGCUUUUCUCCGUGGCCACCUGGAAAAAGCCAUGUAAGACCCCCUGGCUCAUUAAGACCUGGAUGCAGAAAUAAUUCGAUUUAAGAAGUGUUCGGCCAAUUGGCUCCGAAUGUGUAACGAGGCGUGAUUUAUUCCGGGAGGGAAACUGUAGGGUGGAUGCGGUUCAGGAGAGCAGUCGACGAAUCCAAGGGGGGAGACACUGGAAAAUAGUCCGGGGAGCAAAACAAAAACCAAAAAGCAAAAAAAAAAAACCAAAACCAAAUAAAGUUUCUGUAAAGCGUGAAGUGCGGCCGGGACCUUCAUGGACGCGCUGAGAAAUCCCCCCAGGAACCAGGUCCAAGGGAAGAAACCCGCUCAAGUUCAGCACUGAGGACAACUCCAGUCAGGUUUGAUGUCAGGUGAAGGUGAAGUCAGACUGACGGAGCUUGCGUCUUCAGCCAGGUAACAGACUAAACCCGCUUGGCUUUCUGAUCCCUGCCUUUUGUUUCGUUUUUCUUUUGUUGGUUUUUUUUUUUGGGGAGGGGGGGCGCCGAGGUGAGGCAUGAGUGGGGGUCGCUUUGAGUUUGACGACGGCGGAGCCUACUGCGGAGGCUGGGAGGGGGGUAAAGCCCACGGCCAUGGCAUCUGCACCGGACCCAAAGGCCAGGGCGAGUUCUCCGGCUCCUGGAACUACGGCUUCGAGGUGGUGGGGGUCUACACCUGGCCCAGCGGAAACACCUACGAGGGGUACUGGUCGCAGGGGAAGCGUCACGGUCUGGGGUUAGAAACCAAGGGACACUGGAUCUACCGAGGGGAAUGGACUCACGGCUUCAAAGGGAGAUACGGCAUCCGGAUCAGUGUUGGCAGUGGAGCCAAGUAUGAAGGAACCUGGAACAAUGGGCUUCAGGACGGAUACGGAACCGAAACAUAUGCCGAUGGAGGUACUUUCCAGGGACAGUUCACUGGUGGGAUGCGACACGGCUAUGGUGUUCGUCAGAGCGUCCCCUAUGGCAUGGCAGCGGUCGUCCGCUCCCCUCUUCGUACCUCCUUGACCUCCCUUCGCAGCGAGCACAGCAACGGCACCGUCUUGCAGCAAGACAUCCCCAUCAUCACCGCCACCAAUGCCUCAGGUGAGGAGAUGCCCGUCGCCACCCCCACCCAUCUGGGACCAUCCCACGGAGGCUUCGCCCUCACCCUCCAGGUGGACCCAGACACAGUGAAACCCAAGAAGAAGGGCCUGUUUCGCAGGGGCUCUCUUCUGGGCAAGCUGAAGAAGUCCGACUCGAGCACCUCGCUGUCCAGCCAGAAGAGCAAGAUCAGCUUCCUGAGGACAGAAUCGGCUCUCAGCUCCAACGCCAGCGACACCAACUCCACCAUCAGCAUCGGGGACGAGAGCCUGGCCGGAGCCGAGGAUUUCCCCCCAGUGGAGGCCGACAUCGACGCCACCACCACAGAGGUCUACAUGGGCGAGUGGAAGAACGACAAGCGCUCAGGUUAUGGAAUAAGCGAAAGGUCCAGCGGGCUGAAGUACGAGGGCGAGUGGCUGAACAACCAGAGGCACGGCUACGGCUGCACCACCUUCGCGGAGGGAGGGAAAGAGGAGGGCAAGUACAUGAACAACAUGCUGGUGAAGGCCAUGAAGAAGAGGGUGAUCCAGUUGAAGGGAACCAAGAUCAAGCAGAAGGUGGAGCGGGCAGUGGAGGGAGCUCAGAGGGCUGCGGCCAUCGCCAAGCAGAAGGCAGAGAUCGCUGCUUCCAGGACGACCCAUGCAAAGGCCAAGUCAGAUGCAGCAGAACAGGCGGCUCAGGCCUCCAACAGUGAGUCCAGCAUUGCCAGACUGGUGGCCAAAGAGCUCUCCCCUUCCUUCUACCAGCCAGGUCCUGAGUAUCUGAAGAAGAGGGUGUUACUGGAGGUCAUGGAGGGCAGCGAGAUCACAGACACUGUCAUGCAUGAGCCGCUGCUAGCUGAGGAGGAGCCCCUGCCCACACCGCCCGAAAGCCCACUCAUGAAUGAACUGGAUAGCCUCAUGCCUGGCUCGUCCCCAGGCCGCACCCCCUCCCCCAGUCCGGGCAUCACCCUCAAGGAAGACCCCAAACUGCUCUGUCCAGGGAGCUGGAAUGAAGACAAAACCAGUAGGGGUGGUGGCAGCAAGGGUGGCAGUAGACCCAACAGCAGGCCCAGCAGUCGCCCCACUAGCCCUUCAACCUUUCUUUCUGCUCCUCCUUCAGCUGCACCUGAAGGAGGAGGGGGCCCCAGCAGUCGUGGCCCCUCUCGUACCCCCAGCCGUCAGAGCAACAAGAACGAGCAGGGCUCUGACCUGGAGAUCAAGCCCCUGCAGAAGUUUGACUCCGAGGCAAAAGCUCCAGAUGCCACCCCUGCCGCUGCUGCCCCUGUAAGGAACAGCCUCAUCCCCCAAGAUGAAGAAGAAGCUCCGCGCCCCAAAGUGCCCAAACCUGUCAACCCCGAGCCCAAAACUGAAGAGCUCAAACCUGAAAGAGCUCCGUCAGUCCACGAACGAGCGCCCUCCGUCUUUGAGAACCAAGUGGAGUCCAGGGAGGUGAGCAGGCCGUCCAGCAAAGUGGAGACAAAGCCGUUACCAAAAUGGCAACCCAGCCCAGCUCUGUCCCCAAAACAUGCCCCCAAUCUUGAACCUAAAACAGUACCAAAGCAAGUGGAAGCCAAAGCCAUUGUUGCCAAACCAGCGCCGAAGGUGGAUCCCAAAGCAGAGGCCCGACUGAAGGCCAUUGUGUCAAGCCCGAGUUAUGAGGUGACUGCAGAGUCUUUGGAGCUGGAGGGCCCAAACACCAUAAUGAUCUGCAUGGUAAUCCUGCUCAACAUUGGCCUGGCCAUUCUCUUCGUACACAUUUUGUCAUGAGACGUUUGCCGCCACCUCAGGUAAUCUACACGAAGACGCCGAAGACGUGAUGCAGUGAAAUUGCACAAGCGCAACAUGCAACAGCUCUUUAUGAUCUGCCUGAGUCCACUAAAAGACAAAUGGUUUGGUUUGCCGCAGGUCAACAGCAGCGUUGGGAGAGAGACGAGAGAUCCUCCCCCUCCUCCUCAGUAAGGACCAGAGAUCAGAGAGACCGCCGGGGGGGGGGGGGGGGCUCGUGCAGACGGCCACAGCUCUUCUAGAGGUUUUUGUUGGUGUGACAGUGUGAGGCUCUGUGGAGCUCCUCUCUUUCCAGAGGUCGGAGAAACGGAAGGACAUUGAGUUGACUGGAGGGAUUCAGUACACCUGAAUAUGAUGAUGAAUAUUUGUAUGUUAAAGUGCGGAGGGAAGGGAGUGGGGGUGGGGGGGGCGGCUGGGGUGGAUGGUAGAGUAUGUCUCAGUGCUUACACUGGAGAAGCAGGGUGGCAGAAGUCAGCUUCAUCACAGCGUGUCAGCAUUUCGCAAAGGAAAGGCUUUUAACUGAAUCCUUAACUGGCACACACACACACACACACACACACACUGGCUGCCUCUCACAACACUGAAUCAGACAGAUUAGACGAACUCAGUAGAUGAUUAUGUUUUGUCACAAGAUAUGUUUGUUUGUAUCAUGUAGUCGAAUGUUGAAGGAAUGUUGAUCACAUGUACAGACUUAAUAUUCUCUCCACUAUGCCUUGAACUUGAUUCUUUAGACACUGCAGCAGACGUGUGAAGGAUUUUGGGAGUGACAACUGUUAAUAUCAUUGUGUUUAAUCAUCUGCCAUGUGCAAUGUUUGGUUAGAAAGCUGAAGAAAGAUCCAUUAAGCAGGAAUGUGAAAUGUGUAAGACGCACUCUGUGUGUGUCCGCCCCCAUCGAGAAGCUCUCCAAACACUGCUGAAUACGGACAGAACGUGUAAUCUGAUGUUUUAUUUACAUUCGGCUUCAGCAUCCUGCAAAAAAAAAAUCUGCGUUUGACACUAUGGUGUUCUACACUGUGAAAUGUUCUGCUUUCACUGGGAUUUAUAUGCAUUCACUGUCAUUCUGCCGCUUUGGUUGGGGGAGCUGAUAAACCACACUGAAAAGGAAAAAAGGAAGCUAAUGAGUCUCACUGCUGUUGUGUAUGCACUGUAUGUCCCUGUGCUGAUUGUCAUGCAACGCUGUUUAGCACCCGGGUGGUUUUUAAAUGCGAGUUGUGUAUGUUUUGCAAUAGAAUAAGCCAGCAGAAAAUGGAGGCCGGGGUUUAUCGUAUUUAAAAACAAUCACUGUAUGUUCUAGUACCUUUGCUCAAUCUACAGAUUUAUAUUAGCAGCAGGAAGCAGGGUUGGGAUGACGUGUUUUUUUGCCUGUAAGUUCCUCUGGCGUUCGUGUUUUCAUGUAUGUUUCAGUGUAGAAAAACUUGUCCACACUGUUCCACCGCAUUAUAUUCAGGACCUGUUGUGCUUUAGAGCCAAAUAUGAGUUCAACUUUUGUACGCAUGAGGGCACUUUGUGUGUAUGGGUCUGUAUUUUUGUACCAUUUUGACGUGCACAUCUAUUCAGCAUUCACAAUAUUCUGUUGCAGGAUUUUGUUUUCAAAGAGAUAUGCAAACCUAAAUGUAUUUAUCUCCCAAAGGAGUCAGAUUACCUCGUGAUUGUGAGAUGGAGAAAAAUAUAGAAUGAUUCUUAACUCCAUGUCUUACAUUGAGAAGAGCACUCUUCAGACGUGCCGUUUAAUAUUUCUCCGUUGUUCGUUUAGCCAUGUAUACAUGGGUUUUUUAAAAAAAAAAAAAAAAAAGGACAGAGGUUUUUAGCUGAAAUUGUUUUGACAUUGAGUUUGCAAAUGAACACACAGACCAACUGGGUGUGCAUUAUUUUCAUGCAAAAAAAAAAAAAAAAGAAAAAUCCACAAGAAAUCUACAAAAAGGUGCAGUUUUGAUCAAAUCUCC